UAAAAGUAAACAAGUUAUAGGCAAAAAAUAAUUAAAUAGGUGUAGCAAAUCAAAUCUGAAAAUUGAGUUGUAAAACUUUCUCUCCCUUUUCUCACUCCCUCGUUUGCUCGGAGAUCUACCACCUCUCUGCCAUUCCAUUCCUCUCAAGAGUUCUGUGUGAAUUUGUCUUCCAUUUUUCAAUCGAUUUGAGCUGUGGGAUUUUGUGAGGUGUAAAGAUGGUUGUUCUUGCAGCUUCCAUCAUCAGUAAAUCUGGCAAAGCUCUUGUCUCAAGGCAAUUUGUGGACAUGACUCGCAUAAGAAUGGAAGGCCUCCUUGCUGCAUUCCCCAAGCUGGUUGGGACAGGAAAGCAGCAUACUUAUGUUGAGACUGAGAAUGUCAGAUAUGUGUACCAGCCUAUUGAAGCUCUUUACUUGCUUGUUAUUACAAACAAGCAGAGUAAUAUUUUGGAGGACUUGGAGACUUUACGAAUGCUUUCUAAAAUAGUACCAGAAUAUACUUACUCAUUGGACGAAGAAGGAAUAGGUAGAGCAGCAUUUGAGCUCAUAUUUGCCUUCGAUGAACUCAUUUCUCUUGGACACAAAGAAACUGUCACCGUUGCGCAGGUGAAGCAGUAUUGUGAGAUGGAAAGUCAUGAAGAGAAAUUGCACAAGCUGGUGAUGGCAAGUAAGAUCAGUGAAACCAGGGAUGUAAUGAAGCGCAAAGCUAAUGAAAUUGAGAAAAACAAGAUGGAAAAGAACAGGGGUGACAAAGGGUCUUACAUGUCGUCCAUGGGUACUUCAAGACUUGAAAGUACUUUCAAUGACAUGGGCAUAUCUAGCAGCAAUAGUGGAUUUAGCAGUGGUUCUGGGUUUAUACCAUCAACUGAUCAGGAUUCGUUCUCCACCAAGUCGAAAGGUCGUCCAGCAGCACCUGUUUCUGCCCCGCAGAAUAUUGGCAUGAAGCUCGGAAAAUCACAAGGGACAAACAAAUUCUUGGAAUCACUGAAAGCAGAAGGUGAAAUGAUUGUCGCGGAUGUCCCACCAACUUUAAGUAAGUCUAAGGCUGCUGCUCCACCACCUACUGAUCCCCUAACAUUGACUGUGGAGGAGAAGCUCAAUGUGACACUCAAACGAGAUGGAGGUCUCAGUAACUUUGAUGUUCAGGGUACUUUAUCACUUCAGAUUCUUGAGGACAAAGAUGCUUAUAUCCAAGUUCAGGUUGAGUCUGGCGGUAAUCCUAAUGUCUUGUUCAAAACGCAUCCUAACAUCAACAAGGAGCUGUAUUCAAAUGAAAGUGUUUUGGGUCUUAAAGAUCCUAACAGGCCUUUUCCCACCGGUCAAGGAGAUGGUGUUAGUCUUCUAAGAUGGAGAAUGCAGAGCACAGAUGAAUCUGUUGUUCCUUUGACGAUCAAUUGCUGGCCUUCUGUUUCUGGAAAUGACACUUAUGUCAGCAUUGAGUAUGAAGCUUCGGCAAUGUCUGAUUUACAAAAUGUUGUUAUCUCAGUACCCCUCCCUGCUCUUAGAGAGGCACCAAAUGUAACACAAAUCGAAGGGGACUGGAGGUAUGAUCCCAGAAAUUCUGUAUUGGAGUGGUCCCUUGAUCUGAUUGAUGACUCUAAUCGCAGUGGGGCUCUGGAGUUUGUAGUACCUGCAGCAGACUCGUCAGCCUUCUUUCCCAUCUCAGUGCGAUUCACUGCUACUAAGACAUUCAGUGACUUAAAGGUUACCAAUAUCUUGCCAAUAAAUGGUGGACCUCCUCCCAAAUUUUCUCAGAGAGUCCAACUUCACACAGAAAGCUAUCAAGUGGUCUGAUAAAACCACAAUCUUGGCAUCAUUUAUCAUAUGGUUUUGCUUGCGCACCCGUAGCAUUUUUAUGCAUUUUCUUAAUUUACAUGCUCUGAUUUACGCAUGUAGUUAAUUUCUUUAUAUGUGAAAAUUGAUUCUGUUUGUGUAGUGGCCUGUUCUUGAGGAUUGGUUUUAUACAGUUGAAGUGAUUCAGCUCCUUAUUUCUGGUUAAAAAUACUAGCGCGGUUGGAAAUUAGCAUGUUGUAAUAGAUAAAGACUAGAGUUAUUGGAAUGAAGUUUUCUAGCUUUGUAAAACUCUCUUUACCAAAAAAAAUAAACACAUGAAUGAAAUAGGCACUUUCUGAA